AUGGGCGAUUCAGAUGGAACUCUUGUAAACGGAACUGGUCUUGCCACCGGCGCGAAUGGCACCCUUCUCGAUGGCCAAAGUGGUGAUAACCCACCUGGCCAACAGAGGGACAACGUUGGCGCAGGCCCUGUCGGCCUGCUAGUCGCUCUUCGUCUGGCCAAAGCGGGCAUCCCAACAACCGUCCUCGAAAUGCUCCCCUAUGUUGAACAGUCGCCUCGAGCAGCAGUCUACCACGCCGUCUCUGUUCGAGAGCUCGACCGGGCUGGCGUCCUAGAAGAUUGUCGGAAAAGAGGAACUACAGGCUCGGAUGUCUGCUGGAGAAAGCUCAAUGGUGAGAUCAUCGCGGAGAUCGACCGUAGGCCGGACCCCGGCGAGUAUGAAGUCCUGGUCCUGGGACAACAUGAACUUGCGGAGGUCAUUUUCACGCACUACAAGCGAUGCGAGGGUAGCCAGGUGUUGUUCAACCACAAAGUCACUGGGGUCCAAAACUCGGAUACCGGAGUGGAGGUGACGGUUGAAACCUCCGAGGGCGUCAAACACCUCCAUUCGAGGUAUCUUGUCGGCGCGGAUGGAGGUCGGAGCAGUGUCCGUCGUCUGCUUGACAUUCCUUUCAACGGGUUCACAUGGGAUUUUAACCUGGUUGCCUGCAACGUCGUGUAUCCGUUUGAGAAGUAUGGGUUUCAGGGCGGUAACUUUAUCGUUGACAAAGACCACUGGUGUCUCAUUGCGAAGUUGAGCGAGCCGGGCUUGUGGAGGUGCUCCUACGGCGAGCUUCCUGGCUUGACACAGCAAGAGCUGUUGGAUCGACAGCCCAUGAAGUUCGAAGCGAUUCUUCCUGGUCCGAGACCGCUCAAAUACGACUUGAAGAUGGCGUCACCCUACAAGAUCAACCAGAGAUGUGCAACCACUUUCCGAAAGGGCUCGGUCCUCCUUGCUGGGGACGCUGCGCAUCUGUGCAAUCCCUUUGGGGGCAUGGGUCUCACUGGAGGGAUAUUGGACGCUGGCGCAUUGAGUGAUGUUCUAAUAGCAGUCUUGAACCAAGGCAAGUCGGACAAGCUGCUGGACAGAUACUCUGAGUUGCGACGAAAAGUCUUCCUCGAACUGGUCGACCCCAGGUCGCAGGCCAAUGUGCGGCGGAUAUCGCAGACCGACCCCGAAACCGUGGGGCAGACCGACCCGUUCCUGAAGAUGCUGAAUGAUCCGGCGAUAGACAAGACGAAGCUGCGAGGGUUGGAGGAUCUGUAUGUCGACGUUAUGGCGGGAUACGAAUAG